AUGGCGGAGCAGCAGCAGUUCCACCUCUUACUGGGCAACCUGAUGAGCCCUGACAACAGCGUCAGGAAGCAGUCCGAGGAGAUGUACGACAACAUCUCCGGACAGACGAAGAUCACGUUCCUGCUGCAGGCAGUCCGAGAUGCAUCGGCUGCCGAGGAGGUAAAGCAGAUGGCGGCAGUGCUGCUACGACGGCUGCUCUCCUCCUCCUUUGACGAGACAUACCCACACCUUUCGCCAGACAUGCAGACGGCUAUCAAGACCGAGCUGCUGGUGGGCAUCCAGACGGAGACCUCGCCUUCCAUCCGCAAGAAGGUCUGCGACAUUGCUGCUGAGCUCUCCCGCAAUUUCAUCGAUGACGAGGGAAACAACCAGUGGCCUGAGGUGCUGAAAUUCUUGUUUGACUCGGUCAGCUCUCAGAACGUUGACCUUCGAGAAUCAGCCUUGCACAUUUUCUGGAACUUUCCUGGCAUAUUUGGCAAUCAGCAGCAGCACUACUUAGAAGUGAUCAAGCGCAUGCUGGUGCAGUGCAUGCAGGAUCAAGAAAACCUACAGAUCCGCACACUCGCAGCCAGAGCAACAGCCUCCUUCGUCCUGUCCAACGAGAACAAUGCCGGCCUGCUCAAGCACUUUGCCGACCUGCUGCCAGGCAUCCUCCAGGCAGUGAAUGAGUCCUGCUACAGGGGAGAUGACUCUGUGCUGAAGUCCUUGGUGGAAAUUGCAGACACGGCACCCAAGUACCUGCGGCCCAACCUAGAGGCGGUACUACAGCUGAGCCUGAAGCUCUGUGCUGACACCAACUUGACCAACAUGCAGCGGCAGCUUGCCCUGGAAGUGAUUGUCACCCUGUCCGAGACUGCGGCCCCCAUGCUCAGGAAGCACACGAGCAUUGUAGCCCAGAGCGUGCCCCAGAUGCUGGCCAUGAUGGUGGAUCUGGAGGAGGAUGAAGAAUGGGCCAUGGCAGAUGAACUAGAGGAUGAUGACUUCGACAGUAACGCAGUGGCUGGGGAGAGCGCCCUGGACAGGAUCGCCUGUGGACUUGGGGGGAAGACUGUCCUCCCCAUGAUCAAACAGCAUAUAAUGCAGAUGCUACAGAACCCGGACUGGAAGUACCGGCAUGCUGGGCUCAUGGCCCUUUCAGCCAUUGGUGAGGGUUGUCACCAACAGAUGGAGUCCAUCCUCAAUGAGAUUGUCAACUUUGUCCUUCUCUUCUGUCAAGACCCUCAUCCCAGAGUCCGUUACGCUGCUUGCAAUGCUAUUGGACAGAUGGCCACAGACUUUGCACCCACCUUCCAGAAAAAGUUUCACGAUAAGGUGAUCUCCUCCCUUCUUCAGACUAUGGAAGACCAGUCCAACCCCCGUGUCCAGGCCCAUGCAGCUGCUGCACUUAUCAACUUCACAGAGGACUGCCCCAAGUCCUUGUUGAUCCCUUAUCUAGACAACCUGGUCCAGCAUCUCCAUGUCAUCAUGGUAGCCAAGCUGCAGGAGCUCAUACAGAAAGGCACCAAGCUUGUCCUGGAGCAGGUGGUGACAUCCAUUGCGUCAGUGGCAGACACAGCAGAGGAGAAGUUUGUACCAUACUACGACCUGUUCAUGCCUUCCCUUAAGCACAUAGUGGAGAAUGCUGUGCAGAAGGAACUGCGGCUGCUUAGAGGCAAGACCAUUGAGUGCAUCAGUCUCAUCGGUCUGGCUGUAGGCAAGGAGAAGUUCAUGCCUGAUGCUGCAGCUGUGAUGCAGCUUCUCUUGAAGACCCAAACAGAUUUCAAUGACUUGGAAGAUGAUGAUCCACAGAUUUCCUACAUGAUCUCAGCAUGGGCCAGAAUGUGCAAGAUCCUGGGGAAUGAGUUUCAGCAGUACCUCCCAGUGGUGAUGGGGCCCCUCAUGAAAACAGCUUCCAUCAAACCUGAAGUGGCUCUCCUGGACACUCAGGAUAUGGAGAACAUGAGCGAAGAUGAUGGUUGGGAAUUUGUCAACCUGGGCGACCAGCAGAGUUUUGGAAUCAAGACCGCAGGGCUGGAGGAGAAGGCCACAGCCUGCCAGAUGCUGGUAUGCUAUGCUAAGGAGCUGAAGGAAGGAUUUGUUGACUACACAGAGCAAGUUGUGAAACUGAUGGUCCCGUUGUUGAAGUUCUACUUCCAUGAUGGUGUGCGGGUGGCAGCAGCUGAGUCCAUGCCCCUCCUUCUAGAGUGCGCACGGGUUCGAGGGCCUGAGUACCUGACCCAGAUGUGGCACUUCAUGUGUGAUGCUCUCAUCAAAGCUAUUGGCACAGAACCAGACUCUGAUGUCCUUUCUGAGAUCAUGCAUUCCUUUGCCAAGUGCAUUGAACUGAUGGGAGAUGGUUGCCUGAACAACGAACACUUUGAUGAACUAGGGGGGAUUCUCAAAGGCAAGCUGGAGGAACACUUUAAAAACCAAGAGGUUAGACAAGCCAAACGUCAAGAUGAAGAUUACGAUGAACAGGUAGAAGAAACGUUACAGGAUGAGGAUGACAAUGAUGUGUACAUCUUGACAAAGGUGUCUGACAUCCUUCAUUCAGUGUUCAGUAGCUAUAAGGAGAAAGUGUUGCCCUGGUUUGAGCAGCUCCUACAACUCGUAGUCAACCUCAUUGGUCCCCACAGGCCCUGGCCAGAUAGGCAGUGGGGUCUCUGUAUAUUCGAUGAUGUGGUGGAGCACUGCAGCCCCUCGUCCUUCAAGUACGCAGAGUAUUUCCUGCAGCCCAUGCUGCAGUCCCUAUGUGACCCCAGCCCUGAAGUGCGGCAGGCAGCAGCCUAUGGUGUGGGUGUCAUGGCCCAGUUUGGUGGGGAGAACUACACGCCUUUCUGCAGAGAGGCCAUUCCUCUUCUGGUGGGAGUGAUCCAGGCAGCAGACUCAAAGUCCAAAGAAAACAUCAACGCCACAGAGAACUGCGUCUCUGCUAUUGGCAAGGUCAUGAAGUACAGACCCGAAUGUGUCAAUGUCAAUGAGAUCCUCCCCCAUUGGCUAUCCUGGCUGCCGCUAAAUGAAGACAAAGAGGAAGCUGUGCACACCUUCAACUUCCUGUGUGAUCUUAUUGAGAGCAACAAUCCCAUUGUCCUUGGACCUGAAAACACGAAUCUUCCCAAGAUAUUCUUAAUCAUCGCAGAUGGUGUUGCCAAUGAGUCGGUGAAACGCGAAGAUGGGUGUAGCAAACGACUGGCAAAUGUUAUCCGUCAAGUACAGGUGUCUGGAGGGCUGUGGACAGAAUGUGUAUCGACACUAAAUGAGACACAGCAGAAGGCCAUCCAAGACCUGCUGAACACUGCUUGAAAAGCCUUAACCAUCUAUCUAGACUUGUCCAACCUAGCUCCUGAAAGUCCUUCCUUUACCAUCCUUCCUUCCCUUUACCUCCACCUCCUUGAGCAACGAACUGUAGCAUGUGUGGAUCUCCUGUGCAGCCUGCUCCCAGCUCCCCCGGCCUGCUGUGGGGUCCAGGUCUGUGUGCGUCUUCUGAGGUCCUCCUUGUCCGGGGGACCCUGAGAUGCAGGCGCCCUACAGUACAGACACUUUAGAGUAUUUUUGUAUCGGAGCGUCACCCUCAUCUUGGUGAAAGGGAAAAACGAGUUUAAACAGAAAUCCAUUUUACUGUUUGGCAAAAUAAAUUUCUGGUAUUUGAAUUUUUUUUUUCUUCCAGAUCAGUUACUCAUAUAGGUGUGUAAUGUAACAAUCUUAAGCGUUUCUAUUCACCUAGUGUAAACUGUACUAAAAUGAGCUUGAGUUGCAACAGAGCCAAGCUACCAUUGCCCAGUAUCAGAAUGGACUGGAGAGGUGGAGACCUCCUAGAGAAGUGUGGGUGGGAGCAGCCUCCUCACGCUAUGUCACUGUUGUCUUGUUUUUUAGACGGCUCAGAUUGCUCACGGAAGGGUGCCCAUGCUCCUGAAGGCUGUGUGGAUAGCCCUCUGAUAAAGCAUUGUAAAAGUUAAUGGCAUGUGACAGUAGCUCAUUUUGCUCCUCCAUGAAAUAAACAGUGAUAAAUGACAAAAA